GAUCGAUUUUUGUGAGUCCGCCAUUUUGUGUGAUGUGUGUUGCACAGUGAAAAAUCCAAGACGUCAUAACCUGGAUUUGAAUGUUGUAUACUUACUUAAAUAAUGUGUAAAUCUAUUUAAAUGUUCAUAGAGAAAAACAUUUUAAACUAGGGAUGGGAUGGUUAUCAAUAUAGAUGACUAUAGCAUUGUAUUUAAGUGCGUACAUUAUCUGCAGUGCUAAUAUAUGUGUACACAGCUGAAUGCAUGCAUAUGUAUGUAUGCAUGUAUUCCGUGUUGGUGCUAAGUAUGCAAAAGCAUUUACAUACUUGAUAUAUUGGAGUAUGAUGCAAACACAUUUUUAAUGAAUUUAUCAUUAAUAUAAAGUGUGUUAAAGUUGUGGAACAAAAGUCAUGGACAAGAAAGGUGCUUUUCCUAACCGUAACGUCAACUUAAUCGAAGGAUCCAUCCACUUGCAAGAUCUAUUUAGUAAGUAGUCAUUAAAUAGAUGGACCAAUAACAUUAUGCUAUCAUGUCUCAAACGGACCUAAGCUUUCUAAUUAAUGUGAAAAAGCGUGGUUCUUUGCAAUAUGGCCCGCCAAAAAAACUAAGCAAUGAAUUUACACAAGAAAUAAUAAAAGUGAAAGAAAUACACGGAAUAUCACUCCUUUCGACAGUAUUAAAUAACAAUAAAUAUCGAUUAAAUACAGAUAAAUAUACAUUAAAUACUUAUAUUGUGUUACGAAAAAUGCUUUGCCAUCAAGCUGCCCUCUUACUAUUACUGCUUUCAAUCGUCACUUGCCAAAUUUCUUUAACACAAUCCUUAUUAUUGGAUGACAUAAACAAUAAUAAAACUAUAUCACAAGCUAAAUCGAAUAGCGGACAAGGUAGAAUCAACAAUAGUACUGGGGGCAGCAAUAAUAUGAUAUCUGCUGGUAACUCCAAUUCUCCAAUUGGAGAAAAAGAUUAUUUGGAAAAGCUAAAUAAUUUUGAACGUAGUGUUGCGGCCGUUUUGAUAAAAGUGGCCUAUGGAACAACCUCAACAACUAAACGAAGUAUACCAGACUCCAGUUAUUCAUUGGGUUUAACAACAGUUGCGACACCAUUUCUCACAACGCAAAGGUAUCCUUUAUCAAUACAUCAUCAACAACCAGGUGUCAACCACCAAAAGAACUAUGAGUUGGAUUUAGAAAGAGAUCAUGCUUUGCCCACUUCAGCCCCUAAUGCGGAUAUCUUGAAGAGUAAUAAUAAUCCAACAUAUCCAAAUCCAAAUCGUCAUUCGUCACAUACACAACAUGAAAGGGAUCGCCAUAGACAGCACUACAAUUCAACGCCAAAUCCAGCCAUUCCCAACCUCUUCAACAAAAAAGCAAACAACGGCCUUGCUCAUUCGCCAACCAUACCAAUGUAUCCAGGGGAUCACUUACCAUCUUACUCGCCGCCAUCGCGAUCCUUUUUCACGCCUCCGCUGCCUCCGGAAUACCAAAAUCCCUUCGCUGAUAAACCCACUCUAAGAGGGACAAAUAAUGAGGGUUUAAUUGGUAUCAAUAGGAGGCCCAUCCCACCGCCCAGCCUAAUGCCCAGUCAGGAUCGGAUACCCAUAAGACCACCGGAAUUGGGAGGUAACAACGACCCUAAUCCCAUCCUGAGUUUAGAUACAAAUAAUCCUUCAAUAGAGCCGAGUAGCUCGCAUAAUAUCGAUGACGCUGUUACCACAAUGGAUAGGAAAAAAGCCUUGAAUACGCCAGCGCGUCCCCACGAGGAGUAUUUGAAUGAAAAAAAGUCAGCUAGCACUGCGAAAAAUUCCCAAGAACAGGAUCAGAUAGGUGACCAUGAUCCCAUAAUUAAGAAAAGUCAGGAAGUCUUGCCCAAUAUACGUAGGAUUCUGGGCUCCAACGGUAAAAAUGGUGAUAUUCCAGCUGUUCUUCUAAAGCAAGUGACUCAAAGGCCUAAUAUCAUAAGCAUACGAAAUCCGCCUUCAUCACCUAUAGUUUUGAUAGAGAAACAGGAAAAGGGAACAAAUCAAGAGGAAAAUAUAGCAGAUGGCUCUGCUUCGGUGUUAAGUUCUAAUAUAAAUCAAAGUAAAAUGGAUUAUUAUGAUAAUGCCAAUCAAAGUCAGACCACACCAUCGGCUGCGGCCGCAAUUGGUGAUGUUAUCUCUGCCACAUCGUCCUUGUCCUAUGCCACUACCAAUUCCGUUGCCAAGACCACAGUGGGUAAAGAACUCGGGGCCAUGCCGAAUCUGGGCGAACGUGAGAAGGCCCACACUACGUGGUCUUGGGCCUGGAAUAUACACAUUUAUCUCUCCGUUGUACUUUUCACCAUUCUUUCAGUUUAUUCCCUGUACAAACUCUUAACUUUUAACAAGUUGACACACUUGUUUGCCCAGUCCUACUUCAUUUGCAUACAUUUUAUAUUGAUUUUAAUCUGCGCCAUGCGUAUAUUUUUUCUAUGCUUUGAUGCCUAUAAUGUGCACGGGUCAUUUAAUAUUUUUGCAGCGGAGUUGCUGUUAAACCUUCCCUCUACAUUCCUUACUGUAGCCUUUUCGGUUUUAAUUUUAUUUUUAUUUCUUAAGUCACUAAAUCACAAAAAUAAUCGCUAUUCAGCUUUGAUAAGACCUCUGACAGUAGUUGUGGGCUGUGGCGUGCACGUGGUUCUUUGUGUAACUCUGCAUUAUGUUGAGUCUUAUACAUUAAAGAAUCAUUUACUAUAUUUUCAACAGCAACAGCAACAGCUAUACUUUCGCAGACAGUUGCAUUUUCAGGGAGGAGGCGGUGCAAGCUUGACGCCGCCUUCAUCGGCUGCUAUUCUACCUCCGCCACCAAGGGUGUUGACUCUGAUUUGUCAAAUUAUUUACAUAUUUAUUUGCUUGAGCUUGGGUCUACUCUACUUAUAUCUAUAUCGAAUUUUAAAGAGGAUUUUGCGUAGUAAAUCACAGAAUUAUAUUCAUGGCUAUCAGAACUUGUCGUAUGCCAUACACAUUACCAUUGCCACAGCUUUGCUCUUCGUCUUAAUGGCUGUCCUGCAGAUAUUUGGCGCCAUAUGUAUUGCCACCUCUACGCGGCAAAUGAAUAUCAUAGAUGUCGAUUGGUUACAAUGGGGUUAUCAGUUUUCCCUACGAUUAAUCGAAAUUGCCAUUAUAACGUUGAUUACAUGGGUAACGGGCCUAAAGACUAGUCUCGGUGGUAAUGAUUCAGUAACAAAUAAUACUGGAAAUGUGGGCACGAAUGAUGUACGUAUGGUGAGUUGUGCAUCAACGAGAGACAAACAUGUUGUUGGCAACGUUGCAGGAGUUUCAAAUUUUUUCUUACCCUGCACUUCGAGCUCGAGUCAAGAGGUCUUUGAUACCGAUUAUCCCGCCAUAUGCAAUGCUAAUACGAAUCUACACACGUACACCAUGCGAACGGGGAAAUUAAUCUACGAUGACAGUUAUGCCUUGAAUCCCAUGGGUGCUGCGGGCUCUUCGUCCACUAAUCCAGGUAACAAUGGACGUUCUUUUGAGUAUCAACUGCAGGAGCCCAUGUAUCAAAGGCCCUACGAUACAGGCUCUAUGAACAGUCAAAAUCUAUCGGAAUAUCAUCAUGGUCAUGUUCAAGUCCAGAACUAUCAUCAUAAGCCCCAUACUAUGCGUUAUACGAAUGAUUCGGUAACAGAUCACUACGAAAAUCCCAAUUUUAAUUUAAAAAAUCCAGAGAGUUUAGAAAGAAAUACUGCGGAAACUUGCUAUUCAGAACCCUUGGAGCAUGAAAAUAAUAAAAGAUUUGAGUUCAAUAUAUUCGAGAGGCCGGUUUAUAAGGAAAAGACUUUGAAUUCUAAGGAUGCAAAUAAUAUUGAAAGCUUUCAGGAUCAUAAGAUGGGAAAUGGGAGAAAAUUAAAUGGCGGAACACUUGAACGUAACUAUUUUGAUAAUACAAAUCAGACUCAUCAUACUGAAAGACGUAGCUCAAACUCAACAAGUAACUCUUGUUCCUCUUCCAAUGGAGGUAAUGCUCGCUAUCCCAGCUAUAACUCCUAUGAGCGGUGUUUCUUUACGGGCGUAAGAAAAAGUGGAACCUUAAGUCAAAUUGGAGUUCACUCAGAACGUACCUUGGAACCAUCAAUGGUAUUGGGGACCCAUCAUCGCAUGAUGACAAAUGGGGCUCAAACCUUGGGAGAUAGAGCAGCUCAUUAUUACCAGAGAGGAGGGGCAGUCAAAGGACGUAACACCCAUCUCAGAUCUGGUACUAAUUCUGAUCUAAUAAAAAGUAUACCCAUUAGGGAGCGUCAGCUACCCUAUGAUCAUCACAAUUCCGAUGAGGAAGACGAUGAUGAAGAAGAGGAUGAUAUAAUAUCUGGCAAUAAUGUCGAGUGUACAAACUUGAUUAACAAUGAAGGCAUCACGACGGUGACAAAUGGAGAGGAUUGUACUACAAAUUCCACAAUUAAUGAUAAAUCCAUGAUAACAAUUACUUCUUCAGGAGUUAAGAAUAAUACUAACGAUCCAUUAUUGAAUUCCAAUAAAAAUGGUAAUAAACUUCGUACUGCAUCAUCAGUUUCGGUAGCUUCUGCUUCAUCCAAUUCCUGUACGACAACAUCAAGUGCUUCGGAUAGUAUGCUUGUGGCAGAUCAGGGGUUCUUACGAUUUCGUUCCGCCGAAGAUCAGCAUAAUAUAACCUCCAAUGGGUCUUCGUCCCAAGUGGUGGUAGACCCCUCUUCCGCCUCUCUUUCUUUUCGUCAUCAAGGUUGCAGUGCGACUGAGAAUGGCAUCGAUUGCUAAAAGAUAAAUCACUAUAUAUAUUGCAUCCAAAAUAUAGCUUAGCUCUUUUGCAAAAAUUUUCUUGCAGAUUUUAAAAUGAAUUGAAAGAUUAAUACGGGUAAUAUAUAUAUUUUACCGUUGCGAUAAAUCGAUUUUUUAAAAAUAUUUUUGCAAUAUAAUCGAACAAAGCGACGAAUUAAAUACAAUUUUUUCAGUAAUUGUUACUUCCAUGUUAAAUACAUAUGAGCGCAAUUCUCGAUGUAUCAAUUUUAAACUAUAUAUCCCUAAAAAGAAUGUUACAAGAAUACUACAAGAAUGCUAUGCUCGACAAAAGAAGGGAAUUUUUAACAAAUAAUUUGCACUAUGACAUUUUUAAUUGUUUUCAAAUCUGCGGAAAUAUUUGUAAUAGCAAUUAACUAUAUUUAAUGGCAGCUAGUUUUCAUGUCCCCAAUUUAUGCCAAUACAAAAUAGUAGUUAAAAAUCACCACUAUAUUUCUAACUAUCUUCAAACUUGUGAUAUACAGAUAUAAAAAAUAUAAAAACUAGCGAGGGAAGUCGAAAAAGAAAGAAUAUUACAAUUCAUAUUAGAAACAACUAUCAGUACAUAUUUAAAUCAUUUUUAACAUUAUCAUCACACCAUUAGCAUUAAAUUAGGCAAGUGUAUUUAUUUUUAAGCAAGAUUAAUAUUCAGAAUAGUCCUCUCAAAGUUCAGUUCAUGCAUUAUACAGUUGUUUUUUUUUUAUACUUGGGUGUCAAAAUAUAUGUAUAUAUAGAUGCUGUAUAGCUUAGGUGCGAAUGUCAUUAUUGCAUUGUUGUACGUUUAAUAAAUCGAUAUUUGGUUUAAUAUAACAGAAAAGUAUUUUUCUGUUAUUUUUUUUUAAUAAUAUUGCUAUUCGAUAUUUUAAAUUUUGAUAUCAACUUUUACAAUAUUGAGCGCGAUAUUAUUAUUAAAAAGUAUUUUUCCGAUAUUUUGUAUAAUAUCGACAACGUAAAAUGCGAAAUUUCGAUAUUUCAAUCUUACGAUAUGGAGCGCGAUUAUUUUAUCUAUAUAUAUAUCCGACCCUUUGAUUCUAUAUAUACCUACCAUUCAAACAUCCAUUUAUUACCUGAAAAAUGUGUAUAUAAAAAACUUUAGAAGUACUAUGUUUAAUAUGUUUAAUUUUAAUAUUAUAAUAAAAACACUUACUUUCGUUGUAUAUAUUCAAUUAUAUCUUUAAUGUUCUCCUUAUCUUAUAUAAAUCAACGAAAAAAGCAACGUUUUUAGAAAACACGACAUGUAAAUUAACAGAGCCAUUUUAAGUUAUUUCGCUAUAUUUGAAAUCAAAAUACAAUAAUUAAUUAAUUAAAUUAAAUGACAAACAGAUGAUAAACAACUGAAUUAAAUUUUAUGACCAAACUUUUAUAAUGCACAUUGCGUUUUUAGUAUAAGCAUACAAAGAAACAACUCACACAAAAAUUGUCAACUACAAAAAUUAACAAAAAAGACCCGAUAUAAUAACAAUAAAAUAUUCGAUUUUUGUACAAUGAUUCGAAAUAUUAUUCGAAUUUAUUAACAGAAAGGCUUUUAAGAAUAUAAUUUAUGAAACUCUAGCCUGUUAGAAAAUAAUAAACACGUUUAUGGCACAAAUAGUACUGAUUAGUUAAGGGCUUUUUGCAUUUUCUAUUGUUAAAAACAAAAAAUGAUUUAAUAAAGAAAACUACUUAAUACUGAUAUAAAAUAAGAAUUUAAAGAAUUACUCACUAAGGUUAAUAGUUGGUAAUCUCUUUCUAUGCAGCAAUCUGAAAAACGCCAUGAAAAAGGAAUAUAUAUUUCGGAAAUGCCACAGAAAUUGAUUGUACUAUAGGUAUAGAAAUUCAUUCAAAAGGUAUUCAAAAAUGAGUUCUGAACUUUAAUUUUUUAUUUAAAUGAGAUUUUGAGCCUGCUUAACGAUUUCUGUGGCCCUCGUGUAUAUUUAUAUAAUAAAUAAUAUAAUAAAUAUAUAUUGUUAUUAUAUGUAUAUAUAUAUAUAUAUAUAUAUAUAUAUACUAUCGCAUGAAAAAAGAACGAAUUGAAACCAGAAAUUUUUCCGUAUUAGACACGUAUUUAUAUCCCUUACUUUAUACAUAUUAAUUGACAAAGAAUCAACCUAUAAUGCGUAUUCUUGAAUGUAAUUAAAUUUAAAUUAUAAUAAAUCUUAGCCAAGCGACAAAAUAAAUAUAUAUAAUAAA